CUCAUCGUCUCUGCAGGCGCCAGGCUUACAGGACCUGUGAUACCAUGAAGGGUUUGAAGACUGUCACAAUAGCGUAUGUACUCACACUUUUAUUACUGGCAACAUUUAUCUCCCAGUCACGGAGCACGCCAAAGGGCUCAUUCCAGCGAAGAAACUGGACCCCGCAGGCUAUGCUGUACCUCAAGGGCACCCAGGGAAGAAGGUUCAUCUCAGAGGACCGAAAAGAAGGAGAUGUCUACGACACUCUUCACCUAGAGACUCGUAGUCACAACACAGAGAAGCUGACUGUGGACCAGGCUGCUGCUGUUCUGCUUAAUUUCCUACAGCAAGCUAGAGAGGGAGCUGAUGAAAACGCAGAUGAGGUGUAUAUCCAGGAGCUACCAGUGUGGAAGAGGGAAUAUUUCUAAUGUUUGUAUCAUUGCCAGACAACCUCUGAUUUGUUCUGUGUGGGGGAAAAGGAAGCUGUAAAUAUAAAUUCUCUAAAUAUGAAAUGUGAUGUUUUAAUAAAAAGAGUUUAAUUGAAACUGUUUGGGGCAAAUUUUCUACUUUUAUGGGCAGUGUUAUUUUUCAGGUAUAUAAUCAAUCCCUGUAAAACAAAAUCAAGAAGCUCCAGAUUUCAAAAAUAUGAAUCAAGAAUUUAAACAGAACUGAAAUUAGGUUACUUGGAAAUUCAAGGAAAGAUAAGUGUAAACGUGACGAUAAAUAAUAAAAUAGAGUACAUCAGAAUUUUUGCAAUAUUAGACCACAAGAUUACCUUGGAAAACUCAAAACAUAUACAAACCAUUUCAGUCCAGAGUGAAGCAAAGCGUCUUUUGAAUCAAAUCACGUCAUGUAGCUUGUUCCCUUAU